GUCGUUUUUGCCACAAUCUCGAUGAAUGGAGGUCGACAAUAGCGAAUACGACGACGCACAGCUAUACAACGCCGUCAAACGCGCCCCGCAGCGCCUGCCAACACGGCCCAACGACAUCUAUGUCACUCGAUCAACUCAUUUUGAUGCACAGUUUGCACGGGCACAGAAGCUGCUCGACUCUGGAUACUCUGAGAUUUGUCUGCACGGACUGGGCGCUUCCAUCAACCGAGCCAUCAAUCUCGCCCUUCAACUACAACAGCAGUACAUGGCGCCGCUCGUGCUGUCCACCACCACUUCCACCGUAGAGCUAACAGACGAUCUCCAGCCCAAAGCGAAGAACGUUGCGUCGAAAAGUCAAACGCGAAGCAACUCUGCGGUUCACAUCAAAGUUGAAAAGCUACGCAGCUAGACCACAUGAGGUGCAUCAGCCUGCCGCACCAGCUUCGCGCUUUCGUUCUAUUUAUUCAACCCCGCCUUUUCAGGUCAUGUCAAACUGUUCUUGGACGAAUCGUUCAUGGAGCUCAUCACGUUGCCCGAAUAUAAGCAUGCCCAGCCAUCCAUACGAAAAC